AAAUACGAGCUGUCUCUGAGGUCAAAGCAAAGUAAAACCCCCAAAAAUCUCAGAAUCGCCUCAAUCGUUCAACCCCCUUUGGCUAUCUCACCUCCACUUUCUUCGAUCAGGAAUGGUCUCGAGAUUUGCUGUUGUGUUGCUGAUUGGUUUUUUGGGGAUGUUUUAUCAGGCCAAGCAGCUCCCUCCCCCUCAAAUUAAUGGCUCUUCUUCUUCUCAGGAUCUUCCUGUUUCUUCUCACAAAAUCAAACUCAGUGAUGGAAGGUACCUUGCUUACAGAGAGAAGGGCGUUUCUAAGGACGAAUCUAAAUUCAGAAUCAUUGUCUGCCAUGGCUUUGGAAGCUCCAAAGACAUGACUAUUUUGGCAUCUCAAGAUCUGAUUGUUGAGUUGGGGAUUUACUUUUUGCUCUAUGAUCGGCCUGGAUAUGGUGAAAGUGAUCCAAACCCCAAUAGCUCAGUUGAGAAUGAAGCUUAUGACAUUCAAGAACUGGCUGAUCAGUUGCAAAUUGGAUCGAGAUUUUAUAUGAUCGGCGUGUCGAUGGGGUCGUAUGCGGCGUGGAGUUGUCUCAAACACAUACCACACAGGUUAGCAGGCACAGCUCUUAUAGUCCCUUUGGUGAACUAUCAGUGGCCUUCACUUCCAUAUAGCCUAAUAAAAGAGGAUUACAGGAGAAAGUUCUUAAACUUAGGCUUGUGGCUUUCAACCUAUGUCCCUGGGCUGCUACACUGGUGGGUGACUCAGAAUUGGAUUCCUUCAACUUCGGUACUCGAAAAGAAUCCGAUAUUCUUCAACGAACGAGACAUCGACAUCUUAAAGACGAUUCCAGGCUUCCCAAUGCUAUCCAAGAGGAGUUUAAAGGAGCAACGCGUUUUCGACACCCUUCGAAGUGAUUUCAUGAUGGCAUUUGGUGAAUGGGAAUUCGAUCCGCUUAAACUAAGUAACCCGUACGGUGAAAACGAAAGCUCGGUUCAUAUAUGGCAAGGUUACGAGGACAAAGUUGUGCCAGUCCAACUCCAAAGAUAUGUUUCAGGGCAGCUUCCAUGGAUUCAGUACCAUGAAGUCCCUGAUGGUGGGCAUUUGAUUAUUCAUUACAAAGGCUUGUUUGACACCAUUUUAAGAGCAGUUCUAGUUGGAGAAGAACCAGUUUGUUACAGACCAAAAUCUGUGUCUUAGAAAUUAACCUGAGUAGCUGAUUCUUUAAGAGACAGACACAUAUAUCAUUGAAUUUAGGGUUCAACAACAUCCUGCUUCUGCAGGAACCAGAGAAGUCUCCUGGAAUUUAGUCUACACAGGACCACAAGUCAAUUGAUUGGUUUGCUGUUUUUGUUUGGGGAAGAAAACAAGACAUUCUUGUCUAAUCAUUAUUAUUCUUAGCCAUGUUUGUUUGUGUGAAUACAAGAAUACUAAUGUUUGCAACA